AUAAAAAAUACAGUAAAAGCUAUGUGAAGUAAGUGAGAGAAUAAAACUUUAUCAUUUAUUUGCAAUUCUUGACGAAAAUAUCAUGAAUAUUCACCGGAUCACAAGCAAAUAAGUAAGUAAUAAGUUUUUAUUAAAUUAUGUAAAUUGAAGUGAUAGUAUCAGUUUAAGUAUUUUUUAUAAUAUUUAUUUAUUUAUUACUUUAACAUAAUGAAAACUUCUAAUGAUUUUUUAAUAAAAUUUUACCAAAUAUGGUAAUUGUUUUGUGGUUCCGUAUUAUCCGCUAGAGUUGAGUUAUCGAUCGAGUCCGUUCUUUUGCUUACGUAUUUAUUUGGAUAAAGUAUACGCGCAAUUAAGUGAUAAGGUGCGUAAAAAUGCUUAUUCGUCAAUAUUUUAUUUAGUAAGUAGACAUAAUUAACAGAGAAUUUAAUUUUAGUCACCUAACAAUUGAACUAAUUAAAUCCAUUCGUAAAUAAUACCAAAUUAAACAAUUUUUGCCUGAAAAAUUACAGAAAAAUAUUUUUAUAUAAUAAUUUUUGAUAAAAAUUGGUCAAAUCAAUGUAUUAUUCGUAAAUUAUUGAUUCUGAUUUAGUUUCUGAUAGUUUUCCUUUACAGGAUUGUUUUAUCUUUUCGAGGUCAGGGUCUUUCUUCUACUAUAGCGAUCAAUUUCUAUAAUACAAUUCAAUAAACAGUUUUACAUUUCGUAAUCUUCUCUAUAAUAUCUCAUUUUUCUUCAAUAGAGUUUUUUUUUAAAAAACAAUUAUACAGAAGGUUAUUUCAAUACUAUCUACAUAUACAAUGCCCUAAAUAACACAAUACAGUAUAAGCAAAUUCUAAUAUAAGUUCUUUAAAUUUAUUUUAUUACUUUAUAUAACUAUUGUUAUGUAAUUUAACUACCUCGUAUAAUUAAGGCUGUGAGUAUUGAAAACACUAUGGAUGAUGGACCUCCUGUUUCGAUAUCUGACUGAAAUAUGAAAGAAUCAUUAAAAAUAAAUUCUGUAUGACGACCUCCAGCAUAACUAUUAUCUAGAAUUGUCAGACUAACGUAAGUUAAGGUUAUGGGAUUGUGUCAAUCAAACACCAAAGUAACUCUUUUUAAAAUAUAUUGCGAGCUUUCGAUUACUCAUGUAUUUCAUCAUCGGGGACUGAUUUACGGGCGUAGUAAAAUGUAAAAAUAUGUAGAAAACAAUAACGAUAUGAAAAAAUAACUCACAUCGAUCAAUUCAGAAUUGUGUUGAAGUUUUUUUUCUGUAAAAAAUGAUCAAAAUCAUAGGAAUAAAUAAUCAAUAUGACACGUGACAUGAAUAUGAAGUUUAUUGAUUUUUUUGUAGCUAUUUUUUCUUAAUACGUCAAUUUUAGGAUAGGUUCGGUUAAAUAGUUGUGAACGAGAGUGAAUUUUUAUUGGUUAGAUUAUGAAUGACAUUGAGUUUUUUAUAGGUUAAAUUAGGUUAUGAAUGAUAUUGAGUUUUAUAGGUAAGGUUAGUUGGUUAUUCGAUUCAUAUAAGUUUUUUUUAUUGAUGUACUUAUCAUUUUUAGCAAUAUAAGUUGUUUCUAAAAACGUUGGCUCCUUUAUUGUCUCAGCCACGCGAAUAGAAAAUUUUUCAGGUGAUUUCAAUAGAAUAUUACUACACUAUACACCACUUAUAAUAAGUUCUAAAAGACAAUUUAGGUGUGUUCCAGCCUAUAAAAAAAUCGUUCUUGGUACGGUUACGAUUCUGCGCAAUAAAGAUUUAUCCUUCGAACCGGGUGGUUACCCUUAUACGAACGAUUCUGUUUUGUGUUCCAACCGACUUAGGUAUCGUUUAUGGACGAUAUUAUCGAAUAUCAUUGGAACGCUUCCAAUAAUCGUUUCAAUGACGGUCCAGUUUAGCAAGUUGGAACCUGAACCAUAAACACUAAACAAUGCAAUGUUUACAUGCAUCGCCAUAUUGGUAAUAGGCGAUUUGUGAUAAUAAUAUAAAAAAAAAUAUCAUAAUUUUGUUAAAUGUUAAAUUUAGUGGUAUGAUAUAUCAUUUAAACUAUUUUACAAAAUAUGUUAAAUAGCCCAUCGAACAACGUUAUACCUAAGAAGGUUUUUUUUUCAAAAUGAGAUAUUUACGUCCAUGAUCCGCAAUAUCCACGACAGUUUAAUUUUUUCAUUAGCUUCGUUCGCGGUAGAUAAUUUGAGCACAUUCCGAAUGUAUUCUGAAUAUAUUCCGGACAUUUCAAAUGCGUAUGGUUUGUUCAGGAUAUGUUCUGAACCUACAUUCCUCCAAGAACAAUUUAUAAACAUCUAAAAUUAUACUAUGAAUUCAAAACUGGCUAAAAGAAUGAAAUGUAUUUAAUUAAUCAGUCGAAGGUUUAUUUCUGAUAUUUGCGAAUGUAAAGUUAACUACCACGUUUUUUAAAUAUAAUUACGUAAAAAACCACAUAGAUUAGAGGUUAUUUCGUGGUAAAUAAUACAAAAAAGAUGAAUGCACAUGCGCCAUAUUGAAAAUCCUUCCUCAUGUCCGAGCGUAAUCAGAACACGUUCGGAAUUAGAAAUCUGUGCUCCACGACCACAGAACUGUAAAUCCUGAACAUGUUUUAUUAGCAGCGCGAACGUACAAUUCUACACUGCGCAUGAAUCUGGUGACGGAACAUGUUCAGGAUGUCUAUCUCGAACAAAGCUAUUAUAUAACUUGAUACAGGGAUAAAAUAUAACCUUAGAAGGUUACCAAGGUUAGUUGAAAACAUUAAAUACGAAUGAAUUGUUUCAUUAUCACUAAAUUUUCUUUUUGCUUUUCAUUAAAUGUAUCACCACAUUUUUGAUGACAGUAGAGCUGCCAUAGAAGCUAUAACGGCUGAAAAAGUGUACUCUAGUCUAGUGCUGAAGUGCAAGAGAGUUCUAUAGAAUCUGGCGAGUGAUGGCUGCAAAAUCCAGCUUGUUUGAGUGCCGGUCAGUGACGAAGCGGACUCAUUCGCUAGAGUGGGAUCGGCGAACCCACCAAUGUGACCUAAACCCGUCCUUGGUGUGGCCAAAAGCGUCGCCAUCGCGUCUUUCAACGGUCUACUCGCAAGGCGGGCUGGGCAGAGAUGGAUAGAGACACCUGGCAUGAGACAAGCGAAGGCCCAUAGAGUGACAUAACUUCUAACCGGACACUGCCAGUUAAGACACCAUCUCCAUGCAAGGAGGAGGACGAAACCACAGACCAAGUUAUCUGCGAGUGCCCUGCACUCACUCGAGCGCGGUUUAAACACCUGGGGGGUCUAUGUGCUCAACGGCUCCCUAGCAGCCCACAUAUUUGAUUAUACUGUAUGUUUGGAAAUGAAACUUUAAGUCAGUUUUUUUACAUUUUAUUUUUUCGUUAUUGAAUCCCAGUCAUAUGUAAUGAAUCGUAGUUCUUCUAUUGACUGUAGAAACACUUUUUUAUUUAAAAUAAGAUUUGAUAUUAUUACGAAUAAUUAGAUAAUUUAUUUUCUUCAAUUGUAAAUCAAUAAAUGGCAAAAAUUUCUUGUUUGUAUACUUAAUUUGAAAUCAUUAUGAUGCAAAUAUCGCCACAUUUGUUAAAAUAGUAGUUAUUGCCCGCAUAACGAUAAGAAACUGUUAUCGUGAUUAAUUCCGGUGAAUUUCUAUAUUUAUCAACGUAAUUCUAGUUUGAAUUUAGGUACUUGUGAUACGUUGACUUGAAUAUUAUAAUAAAAAGAAAGAAAAAGUGUUAUUGAAUUCUAAAAGUGGUAAAACAUGCUUAUAACUAUUGAAUUUUACGGUUAAAUGACCGUUGAUAUUUAAAAUCAUCGUUGUAUGGAUUUGAUAGAUAGGUGACCCUUCCAAAACAGACAAAAUGUUUGUGGAUGUUGAGAGGCAGCUAAUAUGCCCUCGACUAAUAGAUUACCUGACUAUAGUCGGGGUACGAUACAGCAAUAGUACUUCUAGACAAAAUACUGGGGCACAUGUGCAGAUUCCAGAACUUCUUCGGAGAUAUCCCAUUCAAGAUCACAAAGAUUUUCCUAUGCCUUUAGACAUGGUUUAUUUUUGUCAACCUGAAGGUUGUUCUUCGGUAGGACCUCGAAGGACGGCGCUUAAGGAAGCUUCUUCAUUCGUAUUUACGUUAACUGAUAAAGAUUCCGGGAAGACUCGUUAUGGAAUUUGCGUUAAUUUUUAUAGACCUAUAGAAAAAUUACCGACUAAUUUAACUGUAGGUAAAGGAAAAGGUAAUACAACUUUACGGAGGGAUUCUUGGAGAAAAAGCAUGGAAAAGAGUUCCGAUUCUGCUUUCUCGAGCGACUACAGAAGUAGCAAUUUAGGUCCUAGUGACUCUGAAAAAGAUUGUCCGAGCAGAAGAGAUUCUGAACCAAUAACAACUAACCUUCCUCGAUUGGGCGUUAUACCAGCUAAUGAUUCUGAAAGCGGAGGAAGUCAUUCGCCAUCUCCUAGAGCUAGUCGUCGACGACAAAGAUUGCGAAAUUUAUCGUUAACAUCAUUAUGUAUUCUAUCGCAUCAUCCAUUUUUCACGAUGUUUCGAGAAUGUUUAUUCAUCCUCAAGAAAUUAAUUGAUGCUUGUAAUGAAUCUUCGAACCCAAGAAGAGUUGGCGGUUCUAAACAGCUGUUAAGGGAUACUGUUUGGAGUGUACUGACAGGUCGUGCUACAGAUACAACAUCUUCGAUUGUCAUUCAUGAUGUGAAAGAAAUUGAAACGUGGAUAUUAAGAUUACUUUCUUCACCUGUACCAAUACCUGGUAAAACUAGAGUUGAAAUUGAAAUAUUAUCAACAAGUUUAUAUGAUCCACUGGUGUUUGCGCUACCAAAUCAUACAAGGUUUAGUUUGAUAGAUUUUCCUUUACAUUUGCCCUUGGAACUAUUGGGUGUGGAGACAUGUUUAAAAGUAAUGACAAUAAUUUUAUUGGAACAUAAAGUAGUUUUUCAGUCGAGGGACUAUAAUGCUUUGUCGAUGUCUGUCAUGGCAUUUGUAGCAAUGAUAUACCCUCUCGAGUACAUGUUUCCCGUCAUUCCUUUGUUACCAACUUGCAUGAGUUGUGCUGAACAGCUUUUAUUAGCUCCAACACCAUUCGUUAUUGGACUUCCUGCUAGUUUUUUAAUGUAUAAAAAGAAUUUCAAGUUACCCGAUGAUAUUUGGCUGGUAGAUUUGGAUUCUAAUAAACUGAUAUUUCCAUCCGAGGUUCCUCCAUUGCCAGAGCCAGAGGGUACCAUCUUGAAAAACCAUUUAAAGCAAGCUAUAAUAAAUUUAUCAGCUCCGUCUACAGCAGCUCAACAACUACAGUCUUCUCAAAGAGAAAGUACAUAUUUACAAAAUACUUUUAGUAUAUCGAAAAGUAGAAUGUCAGAUCCGGAAGAUAUUCAUCAACAACAAUCACCACAUAUUCCAACGGUUCGUCCCCCUUCACCUUCGACUGGCUUUAGUCCUUUCGUUUAUGGAAAUGAUGUUGAUUCUGUCGAUGUAGCAACUAGAAUAGCAAUGGUACGUUUCUUCAAUUCUCAAAAUCUAUUAGCUAAUUUCUCAGAACAUACACGAACUCUUCGUCUUUAUCCACGUCCCGUUGUGGCGUUUCAAAUCAAUAGUUUCCUUCGAUCCCGUCCAAGAACUUCAAAUUUUCUCAACAGAUUUUCGAGAACCCAAGCAGUGGAAUUUUUCGCCGAAUGGUCGUUAACACCGACGAAUGUCGCUUUCCAAAGGGUUCAAACAGGAGUUUUGGAUCCCUCUUUAAUCGGAGAUAAACCCAAGUGGUACAUGCAUACUUUGGAACCGAUAAAAUUCAUAGUAUGGGACGAUAACAGUUCGUUGAAUAGUGCCUUGAGGAGUAUGCAAACUGUGGAACAUCAACCAACAGACGAAAGCGGUUCUGAUUCUGAAGAAGGAGAAAGUACAAGUUCUAGUUAUUCAUCGUUGAGUGAUUUUGUUUCUGAGAUGGUAUCGUCGGAUUUAUCACCGGGUUAUACUUCUUGUCAAGAAUAUAGGAAAGCGAACGCACAAACAUUCCAUUUUUCUUCUAGUAUUGACGUUGAAACAGUUUAUAAUCCUCCAUCUCAGCUUCAAUAUCCCGAAGGUGAAAUUCCAGUCACAAGAUCAGAUUCUCCCCGUUCCACAUCUAGUAGCGAAUCUGACGUGAGUUCUCUUUCGUUCAAUAGAGACUCAGAAUUAGAAUUUGGUCAUAGACUUAAAGAAGAGGCCGUAACAUCUUCGAAAAUCGAUAGAGACGAAACAGGAAGUAAUGAAAAUGAAUCUGAUUCUAAUUCUACUACAACACCCAAAACUGUUGUCAGCGCAAAUAACGCUAGAUCCAUAUCACCUACCAGUGAAUUAGAUAAAUCUAGUAGUUCGAGGAAAACGAGAAGAACAGUAACGCCGGUUCCUCCAAUAGGUCCAAUGUUGCAAAAACAACCCAGCGUCGGUAACGUUUUGGCGAGAACUGGUAGCUUCAGUUCAUCCGGUAAUGUGAGUCCAGUUCCUUUUUCAUCAACCAGUAGCAUGGUAACUAGACAAAACUCUCAAGGAUCAAUUUUUGAACAUUUCACUUCCCAAGCCAAAGAACUAGUCAAAGAAACUACUAGACAGAGUAGUCAAGACGGAAUUCUUGCUCAAAUGGAUAAGUUUACGUCCCAAGCGAAAAAAGCAGCUGAAGAAGCUACGAAAAGUGUACAAGUAGCAGGAAAAAGCGCGAUAGAAGCAAGUAAAACCGCAACCGCUAUGAGUAAAACGACUCUAGAUGAUCUGACUUACGUUGGAAAAUCGACAUUGGGAGAUUUGACGAAAAGUGCGAAAGAAGCAGUUACGAAGAAAGGUUUAUUGAGGACUGAUUCGUUCACAAAACAAGAUCCGGGUUUAAGUAACACCGCAUUAGCUACCUCGAAUGUCAUAACAGGAGCCGGUAGAGAUUUUUUCUCUAAUAUAAGUUCAGAUAUAAAUGGUUUGGCCGUUUCGACGACCAACAUGUUUUCUGAUUUAUUUGGUAGUAAAAAAGAACAAACCAAAGUUGUAGAACAAAGACAGAGCGUUUCGAAGCCUAAAGAAUCAACGAAAAGUAUGUUCGGACCGUUUAAUAGAGGCCCCAAGGGAUUAGCCGAGAAAAGUCCUUUGAUAAAACAUACUUCCAGAGGACAGGAUGAAUUGCAGUGGAAACAAGUGGCUGACAAAACUACUACUAAUACCGAGAACCAAGCUUUUCUGAAAGAUGUCAUUACAAAUGUUUUGGAUGGCGAAGGAAUCGGUUGGCUCAAGCUGAACCGAUUAAAAAAGUUGAUGGAGGACGAAUCCUAUAGAAACUUUGUUUUGAGUAAACUGAACAAGACUAUAGAUAAAAAAAUAGGACCUGAUGAUCAUAUAGAUGAUGUGUGCGUGUCCAAACCUGUUUGGAAAGGAACUUUGAAAAUAUUAUUGGCAAUAGUUCAUGGAUUAGAAGUGACUUAUAGCAAUUUCGGAUUAGGUGGAAUGGCUUCAGUUUUUCAAUUGUGUGAAAUAGCCCAUACGCAUUAUUGGUCGAAAGAUAUGACCGAGAAUGUUCAUGAUAUGACACAGAGUUCCAGUCCAAGAUCUCCACAAAGCCCAAGAUAUUCUUUACAAUCUUCGGAUUGGGAUGCUUCGAGGAAAUCCUCGCAAGCAGAGCCCCCAGAAGUGCGUUUAAUUCAAGGCGACGAUUCCGACAAAGAGCAAUCAACAAGUGAGGUGUUCAAAGACAUGCUUACCCAAAAGAAAAAUCUACUGUUGAGUAAACUGACGUCUUUCGAUUCAGACGGUGAGAGCACUGUGCAUGGUUCUGGAGGUACUCUAUCUCCUUCCGCUGGUUCUAUAACCAUGGGACCCGCUUGCAAUCUUAAUAGAGGCGGUAAUCAGGCUUCGUUUCGAUCCACAGUUUCCGAUACUGAAGUGGAAACUUUACAGUUUACAAAGAUACCAAAACAGCGUACCUCCAGUGUAUGGUCGAGCAAAUCCUCGUUGAGUACUGGAUUUAGAUAUCACGGUGGAAAUAUAAUCAACACUGCUUCAUCUCCGAGUCCAGAUGGUGUAAGAACUUAUUUAUUCGAAGGUCUUUUAGCAAAAGACAGAUCGACUCUUUGGGAUCAGAUGCAAUUUUGGGAAGAUGCGUUCUUAGAUGCUGUUUCUCAAGAAAGGGACAUGAUAGGAAUGGAUCAGGGACCGCAAGAAAUGAUGGAGCGCUAUAAAAGCUUGAGCGAUACCGAAAGGAAGAGGCUGGAACACGAAGAAGAUAAACUAUUAGCUACGCAACUGUACAAUCUAGUUGCAAUAUUGGUGAUGUUGAAUUGUAAUAAAGAAGAAAUCAAAAGGAAAAUCAGGAGAUUACUAGGAAAGAGCCAUAUUGGUUUGGUAUACAGCCAAGAAGUUAACCAACUGUUAGACCAGAUUACACAUUUGCAUGGAAAUGAUAUAGACUUGAAGCCUUUGGGUUCGAGACUUCUUCAUCGGCAAAGUUUUACAGUUCAUCAUGGCACCGACUGUACUGGAGAUCUUAGGUUUAUGGAAGUGAGGGAUGACGGUCUAGUAUUAAGGUCAGUUAAUGGUGUUAUUAUAGAACGAUGGUGGUUCGAAAGAUUGGUAAAUAUGACGUACAGUCCCAAAAAUAAAGUUCUGUGUCUUUGGAGGAGGAAUGGUCAACAGACGCAGCUACAUAAAUAUUAUACAAAAAAGUGUAAGCAGCUCUAUUACUGUAUAAAAGAUGCAAUGGAAAAAGGAGGUGUUGCAGGUACUGCUCCUGAAUUGGGAGGGGAGUUUCCUGUUCAGGAUAUGAGUACCGGGGAGGGCGGUUUAUUGCAGGUUUGCAUGGAAGGAGUAGGGUUACUUUUUGCAAACAGCAAGUUUUUCGUACGGAUAGUCCACAUAAGGAAAUGUUUCACCCAGAAAUCGAAUAUAUUUGUUAUAGAAGAAUUUAAUCCAAAAACUCGACAUAUUAUCCAAAGAAAGUACAAGUCACCAAUGGCUGACCAAAUCUGUUACUCGGUAUUGUGUGUCUUUUCGUACGUAGCCGCUGGAACUGAUAAGUCUAAAACCGUCAAAAAACCAGUAGACGUAUCGCAAUUCGAUAUGACUGCUAGUCUAAAAGUAUCCAGUCCGGUAGAAGCUCCUCCUGUAUUGACACACUUUACCGCCGUGCCUCCACCGCCGAGUCCCGAACCAGGAUCCGUUACACCAAUCGGAGGUCCACCGAAAUAUCCUCCACCGGCGUUACCUCCGGGUGUAGCUCCGCCUGCUCCACCACCUGGCGUUAAAACGAUUCAUUCUCAAUUGUCGUUACCUUCUAGCAAACCUCCUCCUAUUCCCAGUAGAAGUAUGCAGUCCAGACAAAUGACUAUCUCUUCUCAACCACCUCAACCUCCUCCUCGACCAAAGUGACAUUAUAAACGAUACUCCUUACCGUUUAUUUAUGGGGCUGAUUGUAAAGGGCCGUCUUGUCUUCCUUGGGUGUGAUCUCCGUUUUAGUUUUAGAAUUGAGGCUAGAAACAUAUUCGUUUUUUGGAUUUUGAUAAUUUUUUAUUUCCUGAUUCAGAAAAUGUAGGAAAAAUAUAUGUAAUAACAGGAAAUGGAUCGGAAAGAUUUUUAUUUAUAUAUCGAAUAUUUGAUUCAUUUUUUUGGGUUUAUAAAAAGAAUUCUCUUAAAUAAACACUCUUGUAUUUCACUAUUUGUAUUUCUUUCACAAGUAAUUAAAAGGAAAACUUUCCAGAGUCGAUGGAAAAAUAUUUUUUGACAACCAUUUUGACACACAAAUUCCUUCACAAGAAAAAAUAGAUCAAAAAUAAUUGAGAAAUUCGAUCUCAAAAUUUGUAGUAGCGAAAAUUACGCGAAUCAUUUUAAUUCCUCUUUGGUCCAGGAUUAAAAUUUUUAAAGGGGAAAAGGGACUAUAACAUUGAGUAAUAUUUUAGUGCAUCAUAAUUUUCUAUAAGUUUUCAUUUGAAAUAAUCUGUUAAUAAAAAUAAAAACCUAACCUAACAUAACCUGAUCUGUUCUAACCUUUUUUCCCUUUAGAUUUGAGGUGGAGUUUAAUGUCUGAUUCAAGGCUCGUCUGUAAAGUUGUUUUGGAAUUGUGUAGGGUUCACACCUCAUUCACACCCUCCUCGUUUUAUGGGAAAGUUGGAAAAAUGCUCCUCCUUCUACUAUACCACAAUGGACCUCAGGCAAUCAAUCUAGAUCGAGUUUAUCUGUACUAACCUAACCUAACUUAAUUUAUCUUGAUUAUUCCUACUAUUCACUUUUACUAUUAAUACCUCUGUGGUCUCUACCCUUGAGCUCUUUUUUUUCAUUAGUAUCAAAACGUAAUUGUACGUUAUCCUAUUUUCGAUCGAACUCAACCUAAUCUAAUCUUACAAACUUAAUUUAAUCUAACGCAACCUUCUAUAACCUAACUUAAUCUAACCUUUUUUUUGGCCCUGAGGUGGCGUGGAAGCUAAUACUGUGAGUUUGUGUGGGACUCUCACCCACUAAACCACUCUCCUCCUUCCUAAAUCUUUGGGAGUUGCGUACGCCGGGAGGAUCACAAGUUGUUAUUACAUAAGCGUAACUUAAUGUAACCUAAGCUAAUUUCAUCAAACGUAAUCUAUCAUAACCUCACUGAAUCUAACCCAACCUAACCUAUUUCAACCUAACCUUUUUUUUGUCGAAAGGGAAUUUGUUGGAGAAGCAAUCUUUAUAGACACCCGAUUUAACCAUUUUUUCUGAUUCUGAACUUCAACUCUGUAUGCAUUUUCCCAUUCUUGUUUAUUCCUUACUUUACUGCCUAUGAACUAUGUCUGUUUACAAGGCCUAACCUAGCCCAACCUAACCUAAUGUUACCUAACCUAACUUUAACCUAAUCUAAUCGAACCGAACCUAAUCUACUAUUCUAAUCCUAAUCUUUUGCGAGACGGCUCUUCCUAUUCUUUAAGAGGAUAUCCGGAGGCAAUUUGUAUUUGCAACGAUCCUCUUCUUUCUUAUGUUCUUUCCAAUAUUCUGAGCUCCUUAUAUAGUUGUUACGUUUUCUUCCAAUGCUGGGAGCUCAUCUAUUUUCUCCCCUGCUCUUCCUAAUAACCACGUUCAUCCUAGGUCAUUUCAGCUACCACACCGUCUACGUAAGUCAUCAGCUGUCCUCUUCAAUUCCUUGACUUGUGAAGAGUUGCGAGGCUUAGAGAAUUAUCUACUUCAUAGAUGAAGCACCUCUUACUACCAUGACAGCAACUGACAGAUCGCUGGAGAUUCUUCCUCUGAAUCGCUACCAAUUUUAUCUAUCGCAUUGGUUUUUGUUUUUUCUUUUGUUUCUAGAAACUUAUGUAACAUAUAAGAUCACACUCCUUACUAAAGCUUAUUAAAGUCUCCCCAGAUCCUGUUAAGUUGGUCAUAUUUCAAACACACUGUUUAUACUACUACUACACCAACAAUCAAAAUUCUAGUGUUUGACGCGUGUCUCUGAAGAUGAUGAUUUGGUAAUGGAAACGCGCGUCAGAUAGUGUAAUUAUGAGUGUUGGUGUAGUGGUAUUGAAUUCAGUAUAAUCCUUUUAAAUUAAUUCAGCUCUGGUUUUGCUGCUAUUGGAAUAUCAUUAUUUCUUGUCCACUACAAUUAGUUGGGAGUACGCAUCAUUUUAGAAUUAGCCCCCGCGAAACUUACCUAUCGGUAAAUGGGUGAUUCCGUUCUAACUGUGAUUUUUUGUAUUCAAAAUUUCAAGAUUUUAAAAUUUAACUUUUCUAACUUUUUUAUGCAUAUUAUUCAUCUAUUUUACUGUAAAAAUAAAACUCUAAGAGGAAUUUACUACAACUUCAAAGUAUCACGAGCAAGACACAAAUGUCGGAUUUUGAGUUCCACGGUACUGACUCAUUUAUCCACGGUACUGACAUUGUAACUUAAGAUAUUAAACAACAAGUGCAUCAAUUUUCCUCAGUUUGAUCAUAAACAUUAGAAUUUAUAAGGUAAUUAGUUUAAAUCAUUUGUUACGACAAAAAAAAUUAAUAAUUUAUCGGUAAAUUCUAGGAAUGGACAUGACACGGUACUGACAUUCAAGUGAUGUAGUAUAAGUUUUCUUUAAGUGGCAAGUUAUAUUGUAUAAAAAUAAUGUUUAAAUAUCUUAAGAAUUAUUCAAUUAACACAAAAUUUUUAUUAAUUGAUUAUUAAUUAAUGACUAGUACAAAAAAACAAUACAGGACAUUGAAUAUCACAGUUAGAACGGAAUCACCCAAAUACAUUUUGAGAUCGAAUUUUUCAACGCCCCUUCCUAGAAAUUCUAAAAGAUAUUUUAUUCUUUCGACACCAAGAAAGUUUUUGUGAUUUUUUUUAGUUUCAAUAAUUUCUUACAUACUUUUAGGGAAAUAAAAUUUUUUUUGAAUUCUAUCAUAUCGUAAACGCGAAUUUUUAAAAUUUAUGAUCGUUUUUGGGUAGUUUAGAUCCUACGAAUAAAUUUAAACAAAUUCGAGUGAGCAUACUGUAUAUCGUAAUAACUAUUGUGCCUCAAUUAUAGUUUUAUGUAUAGAAGUGUUCUGUAUAUAUAUAUGAAUUUAUUUAUUUGUAAAAAAAACAUGAUUUUAGUGAGCAAUACUAGUCACUUUUGUUGUUGAAUGAUUUAACAGAAAUGCUUGGAAUGUAUGACGUUUUACAUGUUAAUAAAAUUGAGAAAAACA